GGGUCACUCUACCCUUGUUUUUAUCUCUUUUCUACUCUCUUUGCUCCGAGAAAACGGAAGACCUUUCGCUUCCGUCUCUCCUCCUUCCAGACUCUUCUAAUCUUCCGAUCUAACGCCUGUAAAAACCAGAUCCCCUCUCAGGCCUUCACCUUUUAUUCCCUUUCUUUCCCCCCAACGAAACUAGGGUUUCCUCCUCUUUCUCUUCUUCCCGCUGCCAUUUUCUACAAUCUCAUCUCGCCGUCCGUUUAAUUCCGGAUGGCGAUCGGCAAAUCAUCGGAGGGCACGGACGAUGAGUUCGUGCUGCGAUCAGGAGCGCGGUCCCGCCUCAAGCGCGAGUUUGCCUUCGCGGUGCGGGCCCAAGCCGAAUUCGCGGACCUGACCGGUCGGACUCGAUCGAUGAAGGUCUACAGCAAUCUUUCUCGCGAUAGAGUUUCUACGGUUUCGGGCAAUAAGAAACUCAAGACCUCUGAUGCUGCCGAGGCAUCGAAGAUUGAUUCUGGGGAAAAUCAGCCCAGGAAUGGUUCUGGAUUAGAUAAUGCCAUCGUUGUUGAAGAUAUUGGUGGAAUUGGAUUGAAUGGCGAGAAUGGAGUUUCAACGGAUUUGGGCAGUAAGAAACUCAGGACGUCCAAUGCUGCUGAGGAUCGGAAUAUUGAUUUGAACGAAAUUCAGGUCGAUGAUGGUUCCGGUGUUGAGGACACUAACGGAUUUGGAUCAAAUUGUGAGGAACAAAAUGGUUCAAUGGAGGAGAAUACUACUGCUCCGACGUCUCCUCCUCCAACAAAGAGGUUUACUCGUUCAGCAUUGAAAGGUAAUCCAGAUCUAAUGGAAAUUUCGACGGAGGUGGCUGCAGCAAGUGGAAGGCCUGUCAAGUCAAGUGAUGCAAUGCUCCUUGAUCUUAAUACUUGCAAGAAUGAGGCGAGUGAAACGGAUGGUAAGAAAGUGGCCAAUGCAGUUCAGCGGUCAAAAUCAAAUGACGGGAGUGAAAUGGAUGAUAAGAAAGUGGUCAAUGCAGUUCACCGGUCAAAAUCGGCUCCAAAGAAGAUGGAAUUGAAGAUGUCUAAGAAGAUUGCAUCGACCAAGUCCCCAUCAAAUGUUUCAGAGCUGCUUGCAACUGGGUUGCUUGAAGGACUUCCUGUCAAGUACAGUCUUGGCGGCAAUAAGGAAGGACUUCAAGGAACGAUAAAAGAUGGCAUGAUCUUGUGUUUUUGUGCUUCUUGCAAGGGGUCCAAAGUUGUUCCGGCCAAUCAAUUUGAGCAGCAUGCUGGUAGCCUAAGGAAACAUCCAUCACCACAUAUUUACUUCGAAAAUGGUAAAACCAUUCGUGAUGUGUUGAAUGCAUGCAAAACUGUGCCUUUGGACAUGUUGGAGGUAACGAUCCAAAGCACCGCUCGUACACCACCUGUGGCUGUCAAAGAGGCUACCACUUGUCAGAAGUGCGAAGGUGAGCAAGAUAUUAAGCCAUUUCAUCCAUCACGGGAUGGGCCAUCGUUGUUAAUGUGCAAUAAAUGCCUGGAAUUAGAACAACCAGAAGCAAGUCCAGCUGAUGAGAUGGAUGAUAGUGCCGGGUUAUCAGAGCCGCCACUGAUGCCGAAGUCCUCUAAGAGUAUCUCAAAACAUAUCUCAUCAGAAAAGAAGCCUGGCCAGGGGAAGUUAACUAGAAAGGAUCUCCGACUCCAUAAGCUGGUCUUUAUGGAAGAUGUGCUACCUGAUGGAACUGAAGUGGCUUAUUAUGUGCGUGGACAGAGAUUGCUUGAGGGUUACAAAAUGGGGAAUGGAAUAUUCUGUAGUUGUUGCAACAGUGAGGUCAGUCCCUCACAGUUUGAAGCUCAUGCUGGUUGUGCUUCUAGGCGGAAACCUUACCUACACAUCUACACCUCCAAUGGGGUGUCUCUUCAUGAAUUGUCGGUGUCCCUGUCUAAAGUUCAGAAGCUUUCUGCCAGUGACAAUGAUGACCUUUGCACAAUAUGUGCAGAUUUUGGAGAUCUUCUGCUUUGUGAUGGAUGCCCCAGGGCCUUUCACCAGGAUUGUGUGGGACUGUCAACCGUUCCUCAUGGUGAUUGGUACUGUUCAUAUUGCAAAACUAUGUUUGAAAGAGAAAAAUUUGCAGAACGUAAUGCUAAUGCCUUGGCAGCUGGGAGGGUUUUAGGAGUGGAUCCUAUAGAACAGAUAUCUAAGCGAUGCAUUCGUAUUGUCAAAACAUCACAAGCUGAUGUUACCGUCUGUGUUUUAUGCAGAUGCCAUGAUUUCAGCAAAGCAAAAUUUGGUCCACGCACAGUUCUUCUCUGUGAUCAAUGUGAGAAGGAAUAUCAUGUUGGCUGUUUGAAGGAGCAUAAAAUGGCAGAUCUAAAGGAUUUGCCAAAAGGAAAGUGGUUCUGUUGUGAGGAUUGUAGUAGGAUUCAUGCUGCUUUGGAGAAGUUGGUUCGUCGUGGAUCAGAGAAGCUUCCAGAUUCACUCUUGGAUGUUAUAAAGAGGAAGCAUGAGGAAAAAGAUUUGAAUAGUGCUGAUCUUGAUGUACAAUGGAGGGUUCUUAGUGGAAAAAUUACUUCACCAGACAGCAGAUUGCUGCUUUCGAAAGCUGUAGCUAUCUUUCAUGACUGCUUUGAUCCAAUAGUUGAUUCAGCAUUAGGCCGAGACCGAGACCUAAUUCCUGCCAUGGUUUAUGGAAGGAACGUGCGAGACCAAGAAUUUGGAGGGAUCUAUUGUGCAAUAUUGACUGUGAACUCAUCUAUCGUAUCAGCUGGAAUUUUGCGAAUUUUUGGAAAGGAAGUUGCAGAACUACCAUUAGUUGCCACAAGUAAAGAAAACCAAGGGCAGGGCUACUUUCAAUCAUUGUUCUCUUGCAUUGAGAGGCUGUUGGGAUUCCUGGAAGUGAAAAACCUUUUGCUCCCAGCUGCUGAUGAGGCUGGUACUAUCUGGACAAAGCGAUUUGGAUUUGAGAAAAUAAGUCCAGAUGAGCUGUCCCAGUACACCAAGGACUCACGUAUGAUGAUCUUUGAAGGGACAUCUAUGUUGCACAAGCAAGUUCCCAAGUGUCGGAUUGUUGGUAAACCAACUGUGAGCAGCUGAUAACAGUCUUCAUCGAUGCAACGGAUGAGCAUUUUUUAUUAUUAAAAUUUUGCAGCGCCCUUACUUGAAAUGUACAGAGAAGGAUCUUUUGUUUUGGUGAUGUACAGGAAAGAGACUUCACAUACUAUCCCUACAGAUGUUCGCUGAAGCAGUAAUGCAUCUAUAGCAAGAGAAGAAAAGAAAAAGAAAAGAAAGAUGGAUUUGGGAAUAUGAAAUUUUGAGUAGGAUUUUGUCAAAAUGAAAUAUAUAUUUAAGCAAUCCAUUGUAUCUCUAUCAAAUUGUGCUACUCACAAUGAUUCUGCAUUUUUAUUAUUUUAUUUUUUGGGUUCUCCUGUGGCAUAGGGUAUUCCGUCACUUUUUGCUGAAUAGGGGAUUUAUCUUGUGAACAA